CACCACAACAACCGCUUAAUGUUUAUCUGACAGUUUGUCUGUCAAUUCGAGAUUUCGUGUGCUCGCAAUUCUUCGUCACCAAACUCAAAAUUAAAAAUGUGUUCUCCUUGCCCACCGAAUAAAUCUAUCCUCAGCCAAUUGAAGGAAUUGGUAAGCCAGAUUGAGGACAAUCCUUGUCCUACCUGUUGUUCAGCUUGCCCACCAUGCAGACAGUACGUGAACAGCCCUUUGGGUCCAGUCAUCGAGAUCUACGACCCUCUGCCGAAACCCUGCUUGCCCAUCUGCCAGCCCGUAAUCAAGGAAGGUUGUGGCCCCCAAGGCUGUUGCCCCCCUUGCGGCUACACCCCUGUACCAUGUCCGUUAACGCCCGCAACGUGCUGCCCUGCACCUCCUGGCUGUCCCCCAUGCCCCUUGGUGCCUUACCCAACACCUGCCUGUCCUUGUCCUCCAAAGUGCUAGCUUGGUGCUGCCCCGUUGUUGUGGUGUUGAAGUCUGCAUCCUGUGUGGUGAAAGUCACCCUUAGGGGGUUAAAAUGUGAUUGUUUAGGGUCAAUCUAAGUGGUGUUUCGUCUGAUGUGCCUUCCUUGAAUGUAAUUUAUAUUGUAUAAUAAACGGGAUCUGGAUUAUUUGUAAA